AUAUAUGUCAAAAUUUUAGAUAGACUAUGUUUCUGGUAAACACAUAUUUCACUAUAAGUUUGACUGGAGCAAUCAGUAAUCCAAAUCCAAAAUGUACAAGUUUCCUACAAGUUUGACAUCAAUGUCCGCUGCCAUGACAUUGCAGCCUGUGAUGAGAAUUCAGGCCUGCAGUUUCAAGAUCGAAAAGGAGCGAUUUGGUUGUCGUACGAAGGUACCUCGCAAUGCAAACAUGGAGAAGCUGCGGAAUGGCUAUUUGUUUCCUGAGAUUUCAAGGCUGGAACUUGAACACAUAGAGAAGUACCCGAAUGCAAAGUUGAUAAGCCUCGGAAUCGGCGACACAACGGAACCAGUGCCCGAAAUCAUCACGUCGACCAUGGCUAAUUAUGCAAAUGCCCUUUCCACCGCUGAUGGCUAUACAGGGUAUGGACCUGAGCAAGGCCACAAGGCAUUGCGGAAGGCAAUUGUAAAAGCCUUCUAUAAAGAUCUGCAGAUAAAAGACACAGAAGUUUUCGUAUCCGAUGGAGCGCAGUGUGACAUUACUCGGCUUCAGUUGCUGCUGGGCUCCAAAGUGACCAUAGCCGUGCAGGAUCCAUCCUUUCCGGCUUACAUCGACUCGAGUGUGAUAAUAGGUCAGGCUGGAGAUCUUAAGGGCGAUGGCGGGAGGUACGGGAGCAUUGAGUACAUGAACUGUGGACCCGAAAAUAACUUCUUUCCCGACUUGGCAACCACUCCCAGAGCAGAUGUUAUCUUCUUCUGCUCUCCAAACAACCCCACUGGUCAUGCAGCAACCAGGAAGCAAUUGGAGCUUCUUGUCAAGUUUGCCAGGGACAAUGGAUCCAUUAUCAUCUUCGACUCUGCUUAUUCGUCUUAUGUACAAGAUGAUCGCUGCCCUCGUUCCAUUUUUGAAAUCCCUGGUUCUAGACAGGUUGCAAUCGAAAUAUCAUCAUUCUCCAAGUUUGCUGGCUUCACCGGUGUCCGUCUAGGCUGGACAGUUGUGCCUGACGAGCUCUUAUACUCAAAUGGAUUUCCUGUUAUACAUGACUUUAAUCGCAUUGUCUGCACUUGCUUCAAUGGGGCGUCCAAUGUUGCUCAAGCUGGUGGACUCGCCUGUCUUUCCUCGCAGGGCUUCAAGGCUGUGAAUUCUCUGGUUGACUACUACAUGGAGAAUGCAAAUAUACUGGGUGAAGCACUGGCUUCUGUUGGUUUACAAGUAUACGGCGGUGCAAAUGCUCCCUACAUUUGGGUGCACUUUCCAGGUUCAAUUUCUUGGGAUGUAUGCAAAGACAUUCUUGAGGAAACACACAUAAUUACAGUUCCGGGAUCUGGAUUUGGUCCGUCGGGUGAAGGGUUCCUGAGAAUUAGUGCUUUUGGCCACAGAGAGUGUAUCCUAGAGGCCGCAGAUAGGCUUAAAACCCUAUUUCUAUAGGAAUUAGGAACACCCUAUUUCUCACUUCAUCUAUUCACAAUAAGUAUGCACGGCGCCAUUGGGAUGGCUAGGCCCACUAGAUGUUCGACGUUACAACUUAGAGGGUUCAUUUUAUAAGAGGGAAUAAUUACUAAACCAAUAAUGAUUCGUGGCACGGGCAAAAAGUUGCAUGAGAAUGUGAUUUAUCGUAUUUUCUAUCUAAUGUUAAAGUUACAUAUGUC